AUGUACACUUUCAACAAUACAGAUAAAAAUGAACCCUUAAAAGAAAAAACAAAGUUAGACGAAAAACAAUCAUCAGGUGAGAUAUUAGAUAAUCACGCUACGUUGAAUAAACUUGUAAGUGCUGAUACGAAAAUGGCCCCAGCAUCGUUCAAUAGUGCAUUCGCUUCAACGAUAACUGCUAAUGCUGACGCACCUGUGGCAUCACCGUUCAAGAGUGUGUUUGGAGCUCCUGCUACUGCUAAUGCUGACGCACCUGUGGCAUCACCAUUCAAGAGUGUGUUUGGAGCUCCUGCUACUGCUGACACCAAGGCACCUGUGGCA